ACUGAAUGAUCUGGAUGUGGUAGCCUAGACCUUCAACAAUGAAAUCGAAAGUGGUUCAAUAUGAAGUGGAAUUAAGUUAUAUAAAAACGCAUCAGCAUUUUUGAACGGUAUCAUUUUCUUAAAUACCUGACAAACACUAAUACUGUCUACACUACAAUGACUUUCAAAGUAAUUAUCUUUGCAUCAUUUUUGGCUUUCGCCAAAGCUGGUAGCUAUGACAGUACAUUAGCCCUUCCUGCCACUCCAGUAAUAUCAGCUUACCAGUCAGCUCCAGUAUUGGCUGCUCCUGCUGUUUCCAAAUCGUUUGUUCAAACCUACACCAGCCACCCAGCGCCUGUAGCCGUUGCUGCUCCAGUUGUAACCAAAUCGGUAGCUCCAGUAGUAUCCACGUACUCUGCUCCAUUGGCUCUACCAGCUCAUGGACCUGUUGUAUCUGCCUACUCCGCUCCAUUAUCUCUACCAGCUCAUGGACCUGUUGUGUCAGCCUAUUCAGCUCCAUUGUCUCUACCAGCCCAUGGACCUGUUGUAUCAGCAUAUUCAGCUCCAUUGUCUCUACCAGCCCAUGGCCCUGUUGUAUCAGCGUACUCAGCCCCAUUAGUAGCUAAAAGCCCUCUUUCAUAUGCUGCACAUUCACCAGUUGUCUCUGCUUAUUCUUCCCCACUUCUCUCCGCCUAUUCGGCACCAGUUGUAGCCAAGAGUGUAUCUCCUCUAGCUUAUGCUGCACCUUCUCCAAUUUUAUCUGCCUAUUCUUCUCCAGUUGUAUCUGCUUACUCUUCACCACUCUUAGCUAAGAGUUUGGCACCAGCACCAGUUGCUUAUGCGGGACACGCUGCUCCAGUUCUCUCUGCUUACUCUGCUGGACCAGUUGUUCAACCUUGGUAAUAAGAAAUGUGAUACAAUCUUUUAAGUUAUUUAUUUAUGAAUAAAGAAACCUGAUUACAGUAAAAAAACGAUUUUUAUUAUUUAUUUAUAAAGAUGUUGUCAAACAAUAACACAGGUCAAAAAAAUGUUUCGUUACCACAAUGUCAUUACCUCAUGGUUAUGAAAACCUUAUUUUGUAUUAAAUUUUACAUAUAAUAUACGCCGUAUAAUUUUUAACUAAAUAUAUUCUAGAACCAUGUUAUUUUAUUAAAUAAAUUCAUUAGAAAUUUUGAAAUAAUAAACUGGUUGGUAUGCCA